AUGGCUGAUCUGACAAGAUGUAUAGACAAUGGCAGCGUGAAGAUCUCAUCAAUAGAUGGUUAUGCUCACCUUUACCUGUCAGAAUUGCAGCAAGAAUUUACAAUAGAGUUCUUAUGAAAAGUCAGCCAGUUAUCUGCAGCAUUCUCACAUUCUUCUCAAAAUAACAGCAACUAUCAAACUGGAGAUCAGUAUGGAAAAUCAAGGAACCAACCAAACCAAAAGACCAAAGAAAGAGAGAGAGAUGGAGUCCCUUUGUUUUACAUAAAUUGUUCCUCUGAAUACAUCUGGGUUACACAGCGUUGGUCUGUUUCCUCCUGCCCAGAAGAAUGGAAAUACCCUUUGUCAUUGGCAUUAGUGUGGAGUUUCUGUGACUUCUUUCUACAGAAGAAUCAAGAUACUGAAAAGUAUUCGUGCCCUCAGCUGAUUCAAAUUGUAUGGAGCCAGGGUGUGUUUUAUAG